ACUCGUUUGUCUUUACUCAGUCACCCAGACUCACACAUGUCUCAGUCGGUGAUUCUGUAGAAUUAAGAUGUAUAUUUGAUCAGACCGUUAAUCACUGCUAUAAAUCUGCAGUGUGGGAAAAGUUUAAUCUACGGACUGGAAAACUCAUGACAGUGAAUACUAACAAUCAGAAUAAUGUUCAAAAACAUAGUGAUAAAAUUUGCAUUUUGACUCUUAAAAACUUAAACAAGACAGAUUCAGGCAUGUACUAUUGUAUGAGUCAUUAUAACCAACUGGCUAUGAUCGGCAGUGGGAGCAGGGUGAUCGUAACAGAUCACUCUGAACCAGAACUCUCCAUCUUAUUCUCAGCACAUGAACCUGACUCAGCGUCAGUAUCACUGCAGUGUCUCGUGACUGGACUUGUCCCGUAUCAGGUGCGCGUGUUCUGGAUGAUUGGAGAGAAUGUGCUCUCUGGAUGGACCGAGUCCGGCUGGACAGACAACACUGAUUCAGCUACAGAAUUCACACGGGCUCAUCUCUCUGUUUCUGCAGAGGAGUGGAAUAAAGCAGAUGGAAUUCACUGCUUUGCUGAAUAUGAUGGCAAAAACAUCUCCAAAGCUCUGGUGCGAAGCGGACUGAAUAAAAAAACUCUGUGGAUUCUGUACUGCGGCUGGGGGACAGUAUUCCUGACUAUGGCUGUGGUCUUCUCUGUUUGUUUACGCCAAGGUAAAGAGAGUGCAGUGCCUCCAGAAAUUUCGUCUGUAAUGUUUUACUCUGUGGAUCCCGUCAAUUUAGGGCUGGAUUUAAGUCCAACAAAAAAAUAACAAAUAAAGGGCAUCACUGGAGAUUGUGUUAUUGAAAGGAAUGUAAAGAAAUGCUAGAGUAUUCCAAAACAACUAAAAAGUCAAUUAAACUGAAAUUUGCAUUCUCCUAAUGUUGUUUAUGAUGGUAAUGACAUACUUUAUUCUAGGAUUCGACUGUCUUUUGUGUUCUGUGGGUGAACAUGCAUCUUUCAAACUUUCAAAAUUAUAUGAAUAAUCUACUAUAUAUUAU